GGAUCGCGUCCAGAAUGUCGUCGUCGUCAUCUUUUUUGGCCAGUUUGUUGGGUCUCAGUAAUGGCGAGGAUCAGCUUCAGAGGGCCUUCGAUGAGGUUCAGAGUUUAAGGACUGGUGCUCCCUUAAGACAGGCAACGAACCUCAAGAUGUCCGCACCCAUACGAUACUAUUAUGACAAGAUGUCGCAGCCCUCGAGGGCAUUACUCAUUAUCUUCCGGCUAAGCAAUAUGCCAUUUGAAGACUGUGUGGUGGCUUUAAGGAAUGGUGAACACUUGACCGAUGACUUCAAGCGGCAGGUGAAUCGCUUCCAGCGUGUACCCUGCAUCCAUGACAAUGGCUACAAGCUGGCCGAGAGUGUGGCCAUUCUGCGGUAUCUCAGUGCCAAGGGUAAAAUUCCCGAGCACCUGUAUCCCAAGUACUUUGUGGAUCAGAGUCGUGUGGAUGAGUUCCUCGAGUGGCAGCACAUGACACUUCGUACAACCUGCGCCAUGUACUUCCGGACCGUGUGGCUGGAGCCGCUGCUAACGGGACGCACUCCCACCGAGGCCAAGAUUGAGAAAAUGCGGAUGCAUAUGGAACGCAAUCUGGAUGUGGUCGAGGAGGUGUGGCUGGAGAGUAGCGACUUCCUUACCGGCAACACGCUCACCGUGGCGGACAUCUUUGCGGCCUGUGAAAUAGAGCAGACGCGCAUGGCUGACUACGAUGUGAGAAUCAAGUAUCCCAAGAUCCGGGCGUGGCUGAAGCGCGUGCGCCAAAGCUGCAAUCCUCACUACGAUGUGGCCCACGAGUUUGUCUACAAGAUUUCGGGAACGGGGCCCCAGGCGAAGCUCUGAGUUCCAGGCAUUAUUUAAAUUUUGUACAUAGUUCAUAGAAUUAUUUAUGGGAAAUUAUUAAGUUUUGUAAAAUAGAUAAAUAAAGUAUUAAGAAAA